UAGAUUGCUUUCGGCACGCGCCUGCCGCACUCCUGCGCACCAAGGAUCCAUGGAUCAUUCUUAAUUUAAAAUCCAAUGCGUUGUCCCGCUCGUUUGACCGGUAACAAGUGAAAUGGUCGGUUAAGUGGAAUAGUGUGUAAUUAUAAAUUGUUUUAAAAAUGUGGUGUGUUUUGUGGAUGCUAGCGGUCGUGAGCUUGCCGCAUGUUCAAGCGGGUCUAGCAGAAGACAUGGCGGCGACGACGCAGCAGUGCUGCAGCAAAGGCACCGCCUACGCCAGGACGCACUCCUCGGAGGAUUGCUCCUCCUCCAUCCCUCCGGAGGUGCCUCCCAUGUUCGGGUCCCUCUGCAUCUUUGCCAUGGACCAGUGCUGCAAGGAGUACUUUAUAAAGAAGGUGGACUGCGACAGUGGCAUAGACAUGGCUACCAGCCUGAGAUGUGACUCCUCUAACAACGUUACUAAAAGCUGCUGCAAUGAGUGCCUAAGAGGAUCGUCAGGAGAUGCAUGUUCUGCUGAAGUCAGAGGGAAUAGUGCAGAGGAGGUGCUGGUUGGGGAAGCGUACGCGCAAUGUUGCAAGAAAGCGUCUUCAGAAAGUGAAAGAGCCAAGAGCGUGGAAACUCACACGCAACGAACCGAGGAAACCGCCACAGUAUCUAAGAAGCAUGUGUUGCCAUCUCUAUGCGAGGAGUACGCACCUAACGAGCUGUGCGCUCACCACUGCAUACCAGUGCCUGGGUCUUACAAGUGCGAGUGCAACCCUGGAUUCAUGCUGAUGGCUGAUGGCAGGAAUUGUAAAGAGGUAGUCACGAACAGGUGUAAGCAACGCAACCCGUGCCAGCACAAGUGCAUUGACACCGGGGUUGAGGUCAAGUGCUCCUGUAGAAGAGGCUACGAGCUCAUGGCUGACAAGAAGUCUUGUCAAGACAUAGACGAGUGCGUCCUGGACCCGCCUGUCUGCCUGCCAGACACAGACUGCCACAACAUCCAGGGUUCCUACCGGUGUAUCCCCAAGAAGAACCACGUCGCUAACAAGGGCCAGUGCCCUCCCGGGUUCUCUAGAAAUAUCGCCAAUAAUGCUUGCGAUGACAUCAACGAAUGCAAGCUUCCCCACCCUCCGUGUCCCUCCUACCUCUGCGAGAACACAAUCGGAGGGUACAAGUGUGGUGGCGUGUCUGGAGACCCCGUCAACCUGGCCAACCAGACUCCGAAACCUCCUACUGAGGACAUCUGCCCUCCAGGAUUCAGAACUGGGGUGAACGAGGAGUGUGAAGACGUGGACGAAUGUGCAACCAACAAAGACGACUGCAACCGCAUCUCCCAGUUCUGUAUAAACACGCGCGGCAGCUUCUACUGCCAGGACCAGGCGUCCAAGUACUGCCCGCCCGGCUUCAAGAUCGACCCCAGGACUAACAAAUGCGAAGAUAUUGAUGAAUGUGAAGACAGCGAAGACGUUUGCAGACCAGACCAGGUGUGCGUCAAUGAACUAGGACUAUAUCACUGCAGACCCAAAUCACAGAUUACCAGGACAUCGACGCAUGAUUGUCCCGACGGGAUGCGUCAGAAGCCGGGAUCUUUCCUUUGUGAGGAUAUCGACGAGUGCGUGGAAGGCACGCAUCUGUGUGACCCGUACCAGAAUUGCCUGAACACCAACGGUAGCCACGAGUGCCACUGUAAGCUCGGCUUUGAGCUGGAUGCCACCACCGGCGCUUGUGUUGACGUAAACGAGUGUGCGACGGAACAGCACUCUUGUAUUCCAGAGACUCAGAGGUGCGACAACACUGUUGGAUCGUUCUUGUGCAUCAGGUUCACUUCAUGUGGCACAGGAUACAUUUUGCAUCACUCUAGCGGGCAGUGUGAAGACGUGGACGAGUGCGCAGUGGGCAAGCAUAACUGCGCGCGCGCCGGCCCGGCCUACCAGUGCGUCAACAUCCCCGGAUCCUUCCGCUGCGUGCGGAAGAAGCCUUCCACCACUUCCACCACCACCCCGCAGCCGGUCUACGAAUAUUACUACGACUCUGAAGAAGAAAUAGAAGAAAACGAAACGAACCCGCAACCAGCUGAGCCGAGUAACCCACCUGAAGUGUCAUCCACAACCACUACUCCAAAGCCUACCAGUGAAGCUCCACAAACUACUCCUAGUACCAGGCCCACCGAAACUCCACCACCAGAAACUCCUCCUCCAUAUGUUCCUGAACCGGAAGCGCCGGAAGACCGAGAAGAAAGAACAAACGAAAUCAUUCCACGGCCAACUGAACCUACAUUUCAACCACAUACGCCUAUUUAUACUCUUCACGAAUAUAUACCACCACCACCACCCACAGAAUCGUCUCCAGAACCUGAUCAUCCAUCCGAAGCCCCAUCUACUGAAAGAAUUCCAGAACCAGAAGUACCACAAGGACCAAGACCUACUUAUAGUCCAUUCGCUCCCAGAGAUCCGAACAUCGGCUAUAGACCUGAAUCCCGUCCUGAAUAUAACGAGUCAGUUCAGCCUGACCAGACUGAACCUGAAACGACUUAUAGUCCUGUAUCGUCAUCGUCUCCAGUUGCGACUCCUCCAUCUGUAGUUUACGUUGAUGUGGGGAAAGAGACGGCGACUAUUAGAGGAGAUAGGAAAGAAGAUGGAUCAGUGGUGGUAGACACGCAGAAUAUACCCAAGAAUGAGUGGACCAAAAUCAACGAGAGGCCAACGAAUUGCCAGAGAGGGUUUGAGCUGGAUGAAUAUGGAGCUUGCUAUGACAUCGACGAGUGCUCCACAAACCGCCACAGCUGUUCUGGCCUGACCGAGGUCUGCAGGAACACCAUGGGAGGGUACAUUUGCGAAUGCGCACUGGGCUACCGUCGCGACCUCUACACAGGGGCUUGUGACGUCAUCCCUACCACCACCAGCACUACCACUACUAGCACAACGUUACCCCCACCGACUAUUGUUACUACUACUGAGAAACCGAAGUCAUACUACUUCUGGGGCUACCCAGAGUACCGGCCUUUGACCCAACGGCCAUUCAGGCCGAGGAACCCUUGUGAUGCUGGUUUUCAUCUCAACUCGCAGACUGGAAUAUGUGAAGAUGUAAAUGAAUGCGUCAACGGCCAAGCCGACUGUGCAGCGGUGGAGAUUUGCGUCAACACACAGGGCGGCUACCGCUGCGAGUGCCCCCCCAACUGGCACCUUGAUGAUGUCAAACACCGCUGUGUCCCCAACCGGACUGACGACCAGUUCCCCACAGGCUACGGGAAUGAACCUAAGCAGCCAGUAUACCCGCCCAUCGAACCUCAGGCUCCAGUUGGUCCAGGUUCCACCAACGACCUGGUCGAGCCCGGGAUCACCCAGGUCGAGGACCGGGGCUCCGUCAUCAAGUGCCCGUGGGGAUACCGGCUUGGAGACGACAACACUUGUGAAGACAUCGACGAGUGCUCGACCGGAGAAGCGAAGUGUGGACCGAUACAGUGGUGCAUCAACCUGCCUGGAGGGUACACCUGCAACUGCCCUACUGGACACAAGCUCACCGGGGACCACGAGUGUGAGGAGAUAGACGAGUGUGCUCUGGCUGGAAAUAUGCCGAUCUGUUCUCAAAAUGCUGACUGCAUCAACACAGUUGGCUCGUACAAAUGCCGCUGCCAUGAUGGUUUCCGAUCAGCUCCAGUCAAUGAUAAGGUAUGCGUUGACGUAGACGAGUGCACGGAGAAUCGAGCUGGUACACUUUGCGAGCACCGCUGCAACAACGUGUGGGGUGGCUACCGGUGCUCAUGCCAUCGGGGGUACCGGCUUAACGCUGAUAAUAGCACCUGUGCGGACGUGAACGAAUGCGAGGAGUUCAAGUCGAAAGCUUUGUGUGUGGGCCGCUGCCUGAACGAGCCUGGGUCCUAUAGGUGCUCCUGCCCUUCGGGGUACAGGCUGUCGGAGGACAAGAGGAGCUGUAUUGACAUCGACGAGUGCGAGACCGGCGAGGCCACUUGCGCAAGCAGCAGCCCCUGGUCAAGCGGUGCCAGCUACGUGUGCCUCAACACUAGGGGGAGCUACCGCUGCCACCACAUCGUCUGUCCGCCGGGCUACCAGCUGGAGUCUAAAAACCGCUGCACCAAAGUAGAGAGGGUGUGUCCUCCCGCGGACUGGGAGUGCGCUCACCAGCCAUCCACCUACUCCUACAACUUCAUCACUUUCGUCUCCAACCUGUACAUACCGGCUUCGAAGGUGGACCUGUUCACGAUGCGCGGGCCGACGUGGCCGCACGCGCAGAUCCGCUUCCAGCUUCGGCUCGUGGACUCCAACGCGCCGCCCUCCGUCAAGAGGAAAGCUGACAUCAACAGCUUCUUACUGGUGCAAUCAGGCCACCAAGGCGUGGUCUCCUUGGUCCGGUCCCUCGAAGGUCCUCAGAGCAUAGAGCUGGAGCUCAUCAUGGAACUGUACAACCGCGACCAGUUCGGGGGCAUCGCGGUUGCCAAGAUAUUCAUAUUCGUGUCCGAGUACGAGUUCUAAGGACUUUUAACUUCAGUGCUGUUAUAGGCAGAUGUGUUAAAGGACGAAGCACACUUAUCAACCCGGAAACGGAUCGUAACCGUAUCAACUCGAGGUGGUCAGUAUUCUUUGUAUGAAACUCCAUGCUGCAACACACACUUCAGCCUUACGUUAACGCCUCGCCUAGUGGCGAAAGACCUUUUUUGAUCCCAUUCCGGGUCGAUAAGUGUGCUCUGACCUUCAAAGUUCACGGUGAGAUCAUCAAGCUAUCAAAUAAAGAAUUCACAGGCGCCAAGAAUUCAAAUGUAGCAUCAGUGUGCGUACCGUGUUUCGCCUCUACUUUCGCUGCGCGAACUAUGCCUACCUACUUGACGAAGUUCUAUAAAAAAUAAAGUUAAAUGCCCGCCUUUUUAUUCAAGAAAUAAAGAUAAAGACUAAAUUCAUUUGGCCGCUCUAGUGAUGGGGCGACUUUUUAAAUCACAAAAGCAUAUUCAGCCAGUUUAAAAAACGCAAGUACUUAUUUGCCAGUUUCUUAUCGUCUACUGGUUUGCUUACAAUUUCAUUUAGUGUUGCUUUUUAUUACUUCGAGGAAUAAAUUGUUUUAUUUUAGAAACUCUAUAUCGCGAGAGCUUCAAAGAAGAAUGUAAAAGUUAUGUAUUGUAACAUAAUUUAAGUUAGUAUUAAGAUAUUGUGAUGUAUUAUAGUUUUAUACUUGAACGUACUGCAUCUACUUAUAAUCCAGUAUUGUAUUGUCGAUAGUGAACAGGAUAUUUUUUAGUUGGAAAGGAUGAAUUAAAAACAGUUAUAAAAUAAAUAGUUUUUUUAUUAUUUCCAUCCAUUUAUAUUCUAAUUUGUACUAUUUUCGAAACAGUGGUUAGGUGGUUAGUUAACAAUUUUUUGAACAAGCAAGUGGGUAGUUUUUAAAACUAUUAACGAUUUCAAAAA